CUGUCCUCUUCCGGCUGCCGUCGCCGGUCCGGGUUGGGCCAGUGAACUAUAGCAGUCCGACCACUUUACAAUUACCGUCAGCAAGCUAUCUCUUUAGCAAGUCACAAAAAUGGCGAACGUGGUGCUGGAGUUUAAGGCUUCUGCCGGUGACUCCGAGCCACAAAGUCGCCCUGUCCUGAUUAUCGGCCAGCAGGCCAACCUGCAGCAAGUCAGCUGGGGCCAAAUCAAAGGAAAACUGCAGCCAGUCGUUAGCAAGGAGAUCUGGCAGGCAGCUCUCAGUGCUUUGAACCCAAACCCCACGGACAGCUGCCCCCUGUACCUCAACCAUGCUGCGGUGGCCGCGCUUCCGUCACGGGUCAGCAGGCACAACAGCCCAUCUUCUGCCCACUUCUUGUCCCGUCUGGUCCGUUCCUGCUUGCCUGGGGGCAACAACCGCUGCAUUGUGAUGGUGUGUGAGCGUUCAGAUGUGUUUGCAUCCUCCUGUGCCAUCUCUAGGGCCUUCCCCAUCUUCUCUCGUCGCUCUACGUCCUUACGCAGGGCUGAGAAGAAGCACAUCACUGUGGAGUUUGUGAUCGUAGGGCAAGACAGCAGUUCUCUGGAUGUCGCAGAACUUGAGUGUCUCUCUAAUGCUGCUCAUGGAGUGCGGCUGGCAGCUCGCAUUGUGGACACGCCAUGCAAUGAGAUGAAUACAGAUCACUUCUUAGAUGAGAUCAAGGCUGUGGGAACUGAACUUGGAAUUACUCCUGUCAUUAUUCGUGGAGAGGAAUUGAAACAAAGAGGGUUUGGAGGUAUCUAUGGAGUUGGGAAGGCAGCAGAGAACCCUCCUGCAUUAGCAGUCUUAAGCCACACACCAGAUGGUGCGACCCAAACUAUUGCAUGGGUGGGCAAGGGCAUUGUGUAUGACACUGGUGGACUCAGCAUCAAGGGAAAGACCACAAUGCCAGGGAUGAAGAGAGACUGUGGUGGAGCUGCAGCUAUUUUGGGAGCUUUCAGAGCCACUAUUAAACAGGGCUUUAAAGAUAACCUCCAUGCAGUGUUUUGCCUCGCAGAGAACGCAGUUGGACCCACAGCCACACGACCUGAUGAUAUCCACACUCUCUACUCUGGAAAGACAGUGGAGAUCAACAACACUGAUGCAGAGGGCAGGCUGGUGCUGGCUGAUGGGGUGGUGUACGCCAGCAAAGACCUGUCAGCUGAUAUUAUUCUGGAUAUGGCCACCCUGACAGGGGCACAGGGGAUCUCCACAGGGAAGCACCAUGCAGCUGUGAUGACUAACAGUGAGCAGUGGGAGGUUGCCUGUGUGCGUGCAGGCCGCAGCAGUGGAGAUCUCGCUCACCCCCUGGUUUAUUGCCCUGAGCUGCACUUCAGCGAGUUCACCUCUGCCAUGGCUGACAUGAAGAACUCUGUGGCGGAUCGAGAGAACGCCCAGAGCUCCUGCGCCGGCCUCUUUAUUGGUUCCCACUUGGGCUUUGAUUGGCCUGGUGUCUGGGUCCAUGUUGACAUCGCCUCUCCUGUUCAUGCUGGGGAGCGUGCCACAGGGUUUGGCGUUGCCCUGCUAAUGGCCCUGUUUGGUCAGGCAUCAGAUGACUCCAUGUUGAACCAAGUGUCUCCUCUGGGUGCAGCCACCAACAUGUCUGAAGACCAGAUGGAGCGUGACUGCAAAAGACGAAGACUGGUGUAGAGCACACAGAACAGUCUACUCCCUGACUCUGACUGCUCUGCUGCCACCACACACCCAAACUGUUGAAGCAAGUGCUCAUCCAUUUAGACAUAAAACAUUAAGCUGUGAUUCCACUUCCUGUGUUUGAUGAAAUUUCACAUGCUGAAUAAAUCAGAUAAUCAUCAGUAAUCCAGAUGUGUUAUAUAUGACGAUGAUAAAACACUGGCCCUCAUUUGUCCUCAUGACCCGGCACUUAAUGCACUGAUCACCUCCAUAUCAUCUCAAUUUUUCAGUUGCUCUUGACGAAAAUGUGUUGAUUAUUAUAAAAGCUGAAAAAGCAGGUGGUUUAUAUCCAUGACCAAUUCAUUCAGGUUUUCACAACUGGCCAAUUGUGAUUUUUUUUUUUUUUUCCAGCAGUGAUUCUGUGUAAUUCAUAUUUUACAUUUAAGGUUUUACCUCCUGAAACAUUAACCUUGUUUUCAGAUACCCACCUCAUCAGCAGGCAUUGUUAUAUGUUGAUACUUUAAGCAAAUUGAAGAUUACACCAUACAUGUUGUGUUAGAUGUUGUGAGAAAUACUGGAUCUGAAACAGUAAAGCUAGAUAUUCCUUUUUCUUUUUUUUUUGGUAACCACUGCACUUUGUAUUCAUCCUGUGACCAGUUGGGCCAUGUUAUCUCUGGACCAAACGGAGGACUGAGUGCUGGCUGCAGUUUCACAUUAGUGUCAAAUUAUUAAUGACAAGCAUUACCACAUGUGCUUUGUCAGCAAAAAAUACACAUACAAGAAGUCAACUGUAAGUAUUAGACAGAUUCCAGCACAAGUGUGAUGUUUUUCCACCCUUGUGACAGUCAUGUUCUCCUUCAAUAAAGGCAGUGCCAUCUGA